AUGGGACUCAUGUUUAAAGAAUUCCUGGGAGAUAAAUGCAUUAAUUCACAGAGUGCAACUAAGAAGCUGCGCGCUACCAUUUGCUGCAGCAAGGGCUCACCAAUAGACAUUGUUGGUUUUGGUUAUGCAGCCUUCUUGACAAUUGGAAGUACUCUGGGAUAUAAGGGAAGAGGUGGAGUUCUGUCUUUGAUUGCUAGUUUUUCCGUUGGACUUUUGGCUGGCGAUGGAGUCUACCGUGUCUCCAAUGACAAACAAGAUAUCAUAGUGUCACUGUUUACAACUUUCUUCCUGGCCACCAUAAUGAGUGUGAGAUUCAAGAAGUCCGAGAAAAUAAUACCUGCUGAUCUGGUUGCAAGCUUAAGCAUCAUGAUGAUCCAGAGACUUGUCCUACUGUUGCUUUAG